AUGGCCUCGAACGACGUGGAUUUCCGCGCGCUGUAUCAGAGCUCUCUCAAGCUCACCGCGUCCCUUGAAGAGCUAGGCAUCCCUCGUCUCGAGAAGCGCCUGGAGCAGCUGGACGACGCGUCGCGCUCGCUUCCCCCGCAGGGUCCGAGCCGCAAACGUCCAGCUACUUCAGGAGAUGACAGGGCCAAUUUCUUAUUGGCAGCGAAAGGUAUUGACGCCGAGAAGCUUCGCAAGGAACUCGAGCACUUUGAACUGUCGCAAGAGCUUGAGCCGCAGACGGUGCUGGGCGAGACGGAUCUUGAAGGAUACUUGGCUCAUCACCACGAGAUGAUUGUGCUCACAGCUAUUGAAGACGUGACUCGACGCACGGUGGAAGCGGUUCAUGACCGCAUGAACUGUGCAAUGAUCGACGACUUUGAAGGAGACAAGCAGCGGCUACUGGAGAGUCUGGGCACUGGAGCUCCCAAGCAGCUCGGGGUCCACAAUUAUCCACGUGUGGAUGACGACAAAGACGAUGCUGCUGGCAUCUUUUCCAAUGCAGCAAUAGAGAAACAACAGGCCAUGGAACCGGCAUCGGGUCUAGGGCUUUCAGGUGCAUCUUUUGCUGGCCAGCCACGUUUCCAGUCGUCAAUGAACGCUGGAGCGUCGUCGCUGCACAUGUCGCAGACGCAGAUGGAAAAUGCCAUGACUGAAGAGAUGAAGCAUUACUACUCGGUCGUUAGGGAACUCAAUAGUAGUCGCGUCCCCAACACGCGCAGUCAAUUUGACGUUGCUCGGCACUUUGAACGCGUGUGCGCGGCCAAUGUGUCCGUGUCGGUGAUUGGGUCCAAGUGGGAAGCUGUGCUCAAGUGCUGGCAGCUCGUGAACAAUAUUCUGGCUGGUGGUGAUGCAACCAAGGCGAACGCGCCAAAGUUGUUGGAGCGUGAAUUUGCUGCAGUGAGAGAAGGAAGCGACACGUCACAGCGCACGCUGCUACAGCAUCGCUUUGUUUUCGGCGCGCGCGUUUUCCUUGAAAAUCAGUUCCGUGUAUUUGUACAAGAGACUGUGCAGAAGAACAGUCUCGCCACUGGUGGGAUUCCAGACUUGGUCUCGACUAUUCGCGCGUUUAUCAAGUAUUUACACAGCUCGCGCUAUGCUGCAAAUGGCAGUGGUACGGAUCUGGAUAACACAUGGGCAAUUCUGUACUAUUGUCUCCGUUGCGGUGGUGAUCAGGAGGCUGUCAAUGUUGCAGAGAGCGUCGCAAGUGGUGAUGACUCACCAAUUGACGCAGACAUCAUUUUUGCUUUGCGAUAUCGUGCACACCAGAAGCGGUUGUAUGCGGACCGCAGCGCCGACUCGCUGAACGCGUUUGCGCAGCAGUUUCCUACCGAGUGCCAGCGCUUAGCGGAUCGCUAUCACCGUUUGGUGAGUACUUCGAUCGACGCAGUUUCUGUUGUGAAUCCGUUCGAGCGCUGCGUUGUAAACCUGCUGUGCCUUGGUAACGUGAACGCCAACGAGCAGCGUAUCAUGACAACUGUGGAGGACUACCUGUGGCAGCGCCUUUGCUUUAUUCAGCGUGCAGCAACUACUGGAUCGACGCCGGGCAGGCCUUACACGAUUACAACAUUAUCCCAGAGUAUCCAGCGGUUUGGCUCAGCUCACUUCGAGGGUGGUGCGCAACCUGAUGGUGGCAGGUUUUCGGCCUUCCUGUAUUUCGAGAUUCUGCUUAUUACACAGGAGUUUGAAAAGGCGAUCAAAUACUUGGCGUCAAAGGGUUUCCUGCUCGAAGCCGUACACUUUGCGAUUACACUGAAUCACUACGGUAUGUUGGAGUGCACGUUGUUCUCGGUGGAAGAGGAGGACGAGACGAAAGUCGACAUCGUGCGCCUAAUUCGCCAGUACAUCCACAGUUUCCAGCGUGCCAACGCCGCGGAAGCUGCAGAUUAUGCUGCUUGUAUUUCGGAUGUGUCCGCAAAGAAGGAUCUUCUCACGGAGUUGCUGCUUGACACGCGCAAAUUCGACGUGCUGGUUGGAUUCACGAACAAUGCAGACGGCUCGCGCACUCGUGGGCUGUUCGAUCAACUGCUUAAGGACGAGCCCGAAGAUGAAGUCAAGGAGCUGAUCAUCUCCGCUGCCCGCAAAGCUGAAGCCCGUGGUCGCCUUCACGAUGCAUUUACGUUGCUAAAGAGUGCUGGGGACAUCGAAGGCGCCAUUGUGCUGCUCAAUUCACAACUGAGCUCGACUUUGCCCGCCACGCGGGCAGAGCGUGAGGAGUGGUUUCGUGAGGCAAAGGAGUUCUCGGAGCAGUGGAUGCGCUCCCCUUGGGUCCAGACUUUUGCUAACCGGCAUGCGCGCACAGUUGCCAUUGCCUUCCAGACACUCCUGAACAUCAGCAUUUUUCUCGAGAUUUUUGAGAAGCAGAGGUAUGAAGAUGCUAUCGCGUUUGUUGACGAAUUGGAGGUGGUGCCGACGCAGAACUCGGACGACCUCAGUUUGUGUGUGGACCGCUUUCUCGCCUUUGACGAGAGUGUGCGGCAGAACUUCCACAUCUUGCUGAUCGGAUACAUGGAGUGCCUCGUGCGCGAUGCGGACCGGCUCAAGUCUCAGCUUUCGGGCGAAGUUCGACGCAUUGCAAUUGCUACGCUGCGCGUUAAGGCCGAACUCCUCGUCACGUUUGCGGGGAUGAUUAAGAUUCGUCUACCGACAGGUAUCAACGAGCGGCUGAACCGCAUGGAGUCCAUGAUCUAUUAG